AAUACGCAUAAUUUUUAAGAAUAUUCCCCUGGAGAAAAUGCCUUUUGUUUCAUAAAAAUGGUCCAACAACUUUCCGAGAUAUUGGACCUGAAAGUGAGUAGUCACCCUGAAGAUCUAACUUCGUUCUUGGACAUGACUUUCUUAAAAUCCAAAUAUUUCUAAAAUUGUUUUUUGGACUGCGUCGACUUAUAAUUAAAAUUUACACAGAAUACUUCUAUGAACGUCAUGUUUUUUGUUUCAGAAAAAUAUUUUAUUAAGUUUAUGAGCUUUUUAACUUUAAAGUGAGUAAGCUGGAUACUUUUACUUUUCUCCCUUGUAAAAAAAAAAUCUUCUAGAACUACGUACAGUUGAACACAAUCAAAGGCACGUCACAGAACACUCGCCGCCCUCUUCCAACUAUUUAACAGCGCUUAGAACCAGUGGUACCAAAUGAGGUCUCUGAGAAAUUAUUUUAUUAUUAUGGAGACUAAAUAAGUAAAGUCCUAAUAAGAAAAACUCCCAAUUUAACGCUUUCUUAAUCUGCCUACUGUUUUUUUUUCCGAAAAAAAACGCACAUUAGCCACUAAUUUUAAGUUUUAAUUUUCAAAUUUCCCGCUGUUAUAACUUCAAAAAUUCAUGUUCGCCUACUUAUCGACACUCAGAUGGCGCUCUUGGUCGAUUGUUCAGUGUCCUAUGCAGCCUUCGUAUCCAACAACAGGUGACAGUGACAGUAUGGUCUCGGACUUUUUCUUUCCCAACAUGGGCGGAGUAGAAGAACACAUCUACAACCUCUCACAAUGUUUAGUCUUAAAAGGGCACAAAGUCAUCGUCAUAACCCAUUGUUACGAUGAAAGAGUGGGCGUCCGAUACAUGACCAAUGGCCUCAAAGUGUAUUAUUUACCGAUAAGGGUUUUCUAUAACCAGUGUGUCCUGCCAACCAUGAUUUGUAACAUUGCCCUUAUCAGGUACAUUUUAUUGCGCGAAGAAGUGGAAAUAAUACAUGGACAUAGUGCCUUUAGUGCCUUGGCACAUGAGACUAUGCUUAUAGGGAGUAUUUUAGGACUCAAAACAGUGUUCACUGACCACAGUUUAUUUGGGUUUGCCGAUGCCAGUGCCGUAAUAACAAAUAAACUCUUAGAGAUUUGUUUGUCUAGUUGCAACCAUUGUAUCUGUGUAAGUAAUAUAGGCAAGGAAAAUACCGUGCUGAGGGGCAGAGUCGAUUGUAAAAGGGUUUCGGUAAUCCCAAAUGCCGUGGAUAGUUUCUCUUUUACUCCCGAUCCUAGCCAAAGAAACCCUGACUUGAUAACAAUAGUGGUGGUCUCGAGAUUAGUAUAUAGAAAAGGGGUGGACUUGACAGCCCAGAUCAUUGGUGAUAUUUGCGAUAAAUAUAAGGAAGUGCAGUUUUUGAUAGCCGGUGAUGGACCAAAAAGAUGGUUAUUAGAGGAGAUACGUGAAAAAAGGGGCCUACAAGACCGAGUGGCUUUAUUGGGUGGCUUGGAACAUUCCCAAGUGAGAAAUGUGUUGGUGAAGGGUGACAUCUUUUUAAAUACUUCUUUAACUGAGGCUUAUUGUAUGGCUAUAGUGGAAGCCGUGUCUUGUGGACUGAAAGUGGUCUCUACUAAAGUUGGUGGUAUCCCAGAGGUGUUGCCAGAGGAUCUGAUUAUUUUAACCGAACCUACUGUGCCUUCUUUAUUACAUGGUCUAAUGAGAGCAAUUCAAGAACUAAAACAAGGCAAAUUUGUUUGCCCUUAUGUGUGCAACAAACGGAUAGAACAAUACUAUAAUUGGCCCGAGGUUUCUUUACGAACCGAAGUGGUUUAUAAUGCUGUGAUAGAGGAGGAAACUAAAGAUUUAAAAAUGAUGCUGCAAAACCAAUUAAAAACGGGAGUGUGGCCCUACCUGCUCGUACUCUCAUUCGUUUACUUGGUGCUCCGCUUUUACGACUAUUGGGCCCCAAAAAGUGACAUAGACACCGCAAGGAACUACAUAGAAAAACGACACAAUAAACAAAAUUAAUUUAUUUAAUAAUGAAAAUUCGUUUUCAUAAUAUAACAGCUGCGGAACUUAUACAGUAAAUUAUUUAAAUAAAUAUCUGAUUCUUCUGGAAGGAAAAAUUAAAUUAAGUACCAAUUUCUAGGUCGGGUAAGUUCAAGAAUAAGUUUUAUUAUUUUUUUGGCUACUCCUACCUAAAUUAUCCUAGUCAUGCUCUAAUUGUUAUUAUUUUUUGUAAUAUAUUUUUAUGUAAAAAUUCAAA